AUGGGAGCGGCAAGUGGACGGUGUCACAGAGCCACUGGUUGGGCAGAGCAAGGAGUUACGCACAGUCACAGCACCCGGUUAGGAAAGCGGACAAACAACCACUCGCAAGGAAUCAAGGGGAGCGAUCUCGGAGGAUUGAAUGCUAUAAAAAGACAGAAACAGUAUUUAGGCGCUGACGUUGUGCCGACCCUCGUCAACAAAGGGCAAAUGAAAGGCAGAGAUAACUCGCACGGCGAAGAUGGAGUGGAAAUGAAACGAAAGGAGGUGAAGAAGAAGAAGAGGAAGGACGAAGUAAGAACGGAAGAAGAAAAACAGAGAGAUGCCAGUCGCGAUGGGAAGAGAGGAGGGGAAGGGGAAGAGAGGAAGAGGACGAAGUGGAGGGAUGAAGUAGGGACUUGCUUUUUUACAGCAGUGAUGAGGUACAGAUCAAGUAUGGGAGGGCAGUCGGUAACCGGUAAUAAUAAUGCCAAUCGAUACAAUAAUAAUCUAACAAUAAAUAAUAAAAUCGGGAAAAAGAACAAUAAUAAUUUUAAACGACCGGCCAGUGUCGAGGGACGGAGACUUUGGGUCUGGGAGGAGUAA